UGUGUUUUAGUGUGCAAAAUUAUGGUAAACUAAACCGUUGUUAUUAGUUAGGUUUCAUUAUGUUUCCUUUUAAAAGUUAUCCAUCUUCACACAUUAUUUUGAAUGUAUGUACCACUAUUUUAUAUAUGCAUGUGAAAUAAAAUCAAAUACAUGGUGACCAAUACCAUUCUCACUGUACUAUUAAUCACAUUAAUAAAAUAAAUGAGGUGAAAAAGAUUAUAAAUCAGUUUCAAGUGAAUAGAAACAAUAAAAAAAUUUUGUCUAAAAACACACGGUAGUUACUACUCAAAUAUAUUGGAAUGUGAAUAUACUAACUGAAAUUAUGGUAUAUUAGAAAGUAUUUAUUGAGUUCAAUACAAUAUUCAUUACAUAUGAUCAUUAGAAUAUACAAGAAACAUAAACAAAUUUCAUUUGGAUUUUAUUAAAAAUUUCCCCAGAGGAUCUUGUUUUAAUGAAGUCAUUACCAUAUGAAUAUUAUAUAUUAUUAAAUAUGUUUUUAUUAUUAAUUUUGACUGAACUACCAUUCAUUAUUGGUUUGAAUGAACAUGUUCAAUUGCCAAAUACAAUUUUAAACAAAGAAUGUGAAAAUGAUGACCCACUAGGUAUGAUAUCAGGUACAAUUGCUGAUUGGCAGAUUACUUCAUCUUCAACUUAUCCAUCCAGUUUGGUGAAAGGAUGUGAAGAAAAAAAUGCACGCUUAUUUCGAACAAAUGGUUUAGCUUGGUGUGCGAAAUUUAAAUCCUCUUCAGAAUGGCUUCAAAUUGAUUUAGGUGUACAAGCAUUAGUAACAGGCAUCAUGACUCAGGGUCGGGGUGAUGGUUCAGAAUGGGUAACUUCAUUUAUGGUAUCCUACAGUGAUGAUGCUAUGCACUGGAAGUUUGUCACUGACCAAUAUGCCAAUCAAAAAAUUUUUGAAGGAAAUUCAGACUCCUACUCAGUAAAACAUAAUUAUUUUGAUGAACCAAUUCGAGCAAGAUAUGUUAAAAUUCAUACAUACACAUGGCAUAAUCAUCCUAGUCUUCGAGUUGAAUUAGUUGGCUGUCAGUCAUGUAAACAACUUAUUGGCAUACCUCCUUAUGCAAGAUUCGCUGCUUCAAGUUCUCGUGGCAAACGCUCUCAACGUUCUUGUACUCCAGAAUAUGGUCAUUAUCUAAGUAAUAAAGCAUGGUGUGCUCAGCGUCAAGAUGCUUUGCAAUGGCUUCAAAUAGACGUUGGCCCACCAACAUUAAUAACUGGAGUUAUUCUGAAAUCACGAGGAGAUGUGAAAAAUUCGCAAUAUGUAACACGUUUCAAGCUCUCUUACAGUAAUGAUACACGCCUGUGGUACUUUUACAAGGAUGCAGCCCCUCUAGAUCCUAGGUCUACUGUGUGGUCAUUUGAAUGGAGUCAAAAAAUGAAAGAAUCAGAUGAUAAGAUAAAAUCUGAUAAAAUAUUUGAUGGAAAUAAUGAGCAAAUCACUGAACGUAUUCAUUAUUUGGCUACUCCAUUUAUUGCACGUUAUGUACGUAUACAUCCAGUAAUAUGGAGAAGCCGUAUUGCAAUGCGUGUUGGUCUAUUAGGAUGUAAACAGAAAGGUUCUUGUACUGCUGGUUUCUUUAGAAUUAACAAUGAAAGUUCUUGUGUCCCUAAUCUUGCUUACAAGAAAAAUGCUUGGUUAACACCAGAAUCUUCAAAUCAUCGUAAAAGAAAUCUUCAAGAUUCUGAUAAGGUAUCACGAUCAUAUGGUUUCACCAGUGAAGCAAGAAAUUUGAUUGAUCCUGAAAAUCCUUCACAUUUUCAGUAUACUGAAAAUCAACGUCCACCAAUGUUGGCUCAUCACAGGAUAAGAGAUAACACCGCUAACUCAAAUGCAUUCAAAUUUAGUAACAUACCUCUAUGGUCAUCAGUUAACGGUAUGACCAAUGAACAAUUCAUGGGUGACAGCAGUGAUAGAAUGGCAUUGUUAGCUGUUGAUGGUUGGACAGGUGAAGAAAUACUUUUAAAAAAUUCAACCUUAUCAACGAGGUCAUCAGAACGUUUAAUGAAUGAUGCUCCAGAUAAUAAACAACUUACGAAUGAUAGUUUAAAUAAAAGAAGUAUACAGAAUGUUCUACACACAACCUCAAUGACACAAAAGUCGGCCCAUCCAUGCACUAUACUUGAAUAUCGUUGGCCCUUUGUUGAAUUACCUUCAUGGUAUGUAGACCUUAGGGAGCAUAUUGAAGUAAAAGGAGUUGUUAUUUAUACAGCAGGUCAUGGUAGAGUUCACUGAAAGAUCCAGUAUUCAACUUACGAUGUACGCUCUACACUUCGAGGGCCAACUUGAAUAAAUUCAGUUUAUCAGUCGAUUGUGUUCACCUAAAAUAAUAGUGAGGCUAGUUCAUUUUGUUAAACUGAAUACUUUAAAGUGAUUAUUAUUUUGAUAUCAUCAUAAUUCAUCUUCACGUUUAUGCUUUUUACUCUCUUUUUUCAAUUUAGUAGCGAUAUAUUUUCAAUAUAUGUUACCAGUCAACACCAAAUAACAUUUUUUUUGUUCCUACUGUCUUCCUGUGAUUCUUAUCCUAUGAAUUAUGAUUAAUUACUUUAAUAUUUUUUUCUAUUCUAAAGCUUACAGAAACUCAUACAUGUGUUCGUUUGCGUUCAUGAUUCUAUAAUUCUUUUGUAACUAAACUACAAUGUACAGUGAAUUUAUUAUUUUUUCCGUUUAGAAAGAUAUAUUUAACUACAAAGCAACAACUAACUGAUGUAAAACGUAUGUAUUUUUGUCGUAAAAUCUGAAAUGUGAGUUAUUAAGGACAAUCGUUCCACCAAAUAUCUCUUGUUCAAUGCAUUCUAAGGUUUCGAUAAAGAUAUAGAUUGACAUUCUUAUGAUUUCCCGAUAUCAUAAAUUACAAAUGUACAGUUUGCUCUCGAAAUCAAAUGACUUUUCCUAUAGUUUAUGACUGUACUACAACAAUGCAUUUACACACAAGUAAUGUAAUCUAUUUGACUCAAGAACAGAUCAAUAAACAAAUAACCCAUGUAACUCAGUAUAUCAGCCUCAAGAUAAAUAAUAUCUUCUUAUAACAAGCUAAUUAACUAUCUCACUAAAUUACCAAAAUAACAUAAGCUAUAUUUAGACUUGAUCAAGUAAUCAAGCAAAGUAAAGUCAUAAAAAACUGGUUGCUCAGUUUACAUCCAGUUGUUCAUUUUUGAUUGGGAUAUAUACACAUCUAUAUUUUAUUUCUUCUCAGAUGUACCAAGUCAAACUUAUUCAUGCUUUUGAAUUUUUUUAAAUUAUCAUCUCCAUUUCAUUUCGUAUCAUCUUGAAUAUGAUUAUUGAGCCAUGAAUACCAUAAACAAAUGCUUUAGGGUUUCUUUUAUGAGGUAGUUUUCAUCAACAUUUGACUCUAGAAACUUUAGGUCGUAUUUAUAGGAUAGUAAUUUUAGAUCAAUAAGCUAGUUCACCAACUUAUGCCAGUGUGCACAAAAACAUUGACCUCAUAACUGAUAAAAUCUGUAAGAUAACAGAUUUACAAAUAUCAUUUUCGUGAAAUCAUUUUUAGUCAUUUCGUAUUUAGAAGUCCUACUAUGAAAAAUAUUCUUGUAUAUUUUUUAGAUGGAAGAUAUCUUCUGUCUUCUUUAUUUGGCGGUGAUGACAAAACAAAAUUCAAUUCAGAAAAUUUAGAAAGAUUAUCUAUCUAUGUCGAGUCAGAGCCACGUCACCAUGAUACUAAAGCAUUAUCUAGAUCAAGUUCUAGUCUAUGUGGUUUUGUUACUAGAAUUAAUGAUGCUAUAUUCAGUCCACGUUUACACAUACCUUGCAGACAACCGUUAAUCGGUCGUUAUGUUUAUGUUGAAGCUCGUGGAGUUCGUGGAAGGUGGUCACAAGAGUUUGCAGCUUUGUUAUGUGAAGUUAUGGUGUAUUAAAACAAAGCUGUUUUUGUUAAAGUGUUAUGAAAGUACAAGUAAUGCAUUUAUAAUUAUCAUAAUAAUUGUCAUUCAUACCUCGUCAUAAUCAUUAGCGAAUAGAAUCAAUCAUUCUUUUAAUUGUGUAAAGGUGAAAGAAAUUAUCACAGUUAAAAUGAAUCUUACAUGAAGUUUUUCUAUCCAUUAAACGUUAUUUAAUAUUAUUUUUGUCUCAUGACACUGUUUCUUUAUAUCAAUUUUUUACGUAGGAAAUACUUGUUCAUCAUCAAAAUAUAUAUUCACUAAAUAUAUUUACACAUAUAACAAUGAAAUCAUUGCAUAUUGCUUAAUUAUACAUAAUAUGGUUAAAAUGGUUCUCUAGACGAACACCUUAUUUAUAUAGAAAAUUGUUUAAUCUAAAAUAGCUUUAUUUGUCUAACGCACAUUAACUUCAUUCUUUUCAAACUAUGUAAUCAUCCUACGAACUGGAAAACAGAUCACUUUAACCAGUAUACCUUAAUGAAUUCAUUUUGUUGCUUAUACUCCAAUAUACAAAUAUAUUAAUAAACUUUACAUUUAAUAAUGAAAAUUGUUUCACAAAUAAAUCCUUUUAAAAUAAAACUCUGGUAACAAAUUUGUUUAGAAUAGGGUCUCGCUGUUGUAUUGUUUUAUGAUCUGCCCAGAAGAUGAUUAGAAGAUCAGAAAGUGAUUGAUUCACAGUAUUCUUAAAAUGUACUUCAUUUCGUUAUCAUUUGAUUAGAUCAUUUGUCCCCAUCGCGUCAACAAAUAUAUGGACCUAGUCUGAUAA